AUGGAUAGCGCGACUCGCCGUCGGCAAACGCCGACGCUUGAUUUGGGCAUCAGAAACAAACAACCCACUCUCUCAUCUCAACCACCACCAUCGUCGACGACGCCCACCCAUCGCCACGUCACCACCAUCACCCGUGGUCACCACCACCCACAACGCUCGUCAACCGGCAACCACGACCACCAAACACGGGAACGCCACGUCACCGAUGCCACGUCGCUAUCAGCGACGUGGCAACCAAACGACGAACGACGACGACGUCGUCGUUCGUCGUCAUUCAGAGGUGAGUCCCCCCCUCCUCCAUCCCAACCCACCCCGCUAACACUCACCAAAACGCGACCCAACGACAACCCAACGACGACGCGACACGACCGGCAACGCGACACGACGGCGACGCAACGCGACAACGACAACACAACACGACGGCGACGCGACAACGACAACGCGACAACGACAACGCGACGCGACAACGACAACGCGACGCAACGACGACCACGCCCACAACGAGGGACGGACAGCACGUCAGCGCCCCACCACGUCAACGGAGGGCCACGCGAACAGACGACCCACGCACCACCACGUCAACGGACCGCCACCACAUCAACAGACGACGCCCACGUCAACGGACGACGACGGCGACGUCAGCGGACGAUGACGCCCACGUCAGCGGAAAACGACCACAUAAGCGGACGACGACGACGUCAGCAGACAACGCCCACGUCAACGGCCGACGAAGACGACGUCAGCGGACGACGGCGAGCACGUCAACGAAGACACGACAGGAAUGACGUAAAGCACAGGCCGACGAACAGCGACGAGGCCCAGUACUCCCCACCACACUCUCCCCCCUCCAUCAGUCCCCACCACUCCAUCCACCCUCCCUCUCUUCCCUCCCUCCCUCCUUCCCUCCCUCCAUCCUUCUUCCCUCCCUCUGUCCCUCUUCCCUCCCUCCAUGCCCCCUCUCUCUCCAUUCCCCCCCCUCUUUCCCUCCCUCCCCCCUCUCUCCCUCACUCCCUCCCCUCCAUCACUCCCUCCCUCCUCCAUCACUCCCUCCCCUCUCCAUCACUCCCCACCACCUCUCCCCAUCACUCCCUCUCCCAUCACCCCUCUCUCCUUCACCCCUCUCCCCCUCCCCUCCAUCCCUCCCCCCUCCCUUUAACACUCUAUGUAUUGGAUUCCAGUCAAUUCCGGCCGGAAUCCACAGAAUUCCUGGAUUCCGGCCGGAAUCCGCGGAAUCCGGUAGGAAUCAGUGGAGGAAUGGAAAGUAUUGGUCACUUGGGUCACUUUGACAAGUGGCCAAGAGACGUUGCUGCCUUGGCCAAGUGA